AGCAAAUCUGCUCUCCCCCCGAAAAAGUAUACUCAAACUCGAUAGCUUUAUUACUUCCUUUUCUCAUCUCGCACAGAACGAAACACGAGCAGCACCACACAAAAACGAACAAUAGCGAUGCUGAACAGCACCGUCGGUAACGAGGCAGAAAACGCGGAACUCGCGCUCUACCGCUUGGAGGAGAUCGACGAACUCCUCGGCGGCGCCACUGGCGAGGAGGACGAUUCGCAGUCCGCCACCCUCGCUCAGUACUUGCGCAGUGGCCAAGACCUCGAGAGCACACUGCGCCAGCACGACCGACAACUGGGAGAUCUGCGCGACGCCUACAUCAAGACGAACAUCACCCAAGCAGAGGCGAUCGCGCAGCUGUACCACGAGUUCGGCGCGUGCGAGCAGCACGUCGUCGACUUCGACGAAGAAAUUCUCUCGUUUCAGCGGAAGUUGGAAGGCAACGCCAACGAUAUCGUCUUUAUGCAGCAGCAGACCGACGGCCUGGUCCGCAAGGUGAACAACCGGCGGCAGGUCAGCAACAAAAUCAACGAGGUAUACAGCGCGCUGCAGAAGUGCGACUCGUUCUGCGACGUCAUCUCGAACAAAGACGUCGACGCGAACUACCUGGCGAACCUUCGGGAGUUGGACCGGCGUCUUGCCUUCUUGUCCGGCAGCAAGGCGCUGCAGCACUCCGCCGUGGACAACGAAAUCCGGCCGAAACUCACGGCAGCCGCGCACAAGGCGGGCGACAAGCUACAGCGUUUUCUCACCAAGAAAAUUGUUGCCCUGCCGGAGGACCCGGCCCGCACCGCCGAGGAGCAGCGCAACCUCGAGCAGUCGGCGCAGUUCGCCUUCCGCUUCCUGCAGCUCUACAACCCACCCGUUGCGAAGGAGGUGAAGAAGCUGUAUCUCAAAUACAUGUCUGACUUUUACGUCAAGCAGUUCCGCCACCUUCUCAGCCAGUUCUCGGAGGCGUCGGAGCUGCACGCCGAUCCGCUGGAGCCGCUCGUGUCAGCCGAGGAGGUGCAGGACAUCCUGAGCAACCGGGAUGGGGGGUCGCCGUCGGGCAACCAGGUCAACCCCGCCAACGUAAACUUUCCCGGUCGCACGCUGGCGCGGCGAGAGCGCAGCGUCUCGCAGCACAUGCGCGGCUUCACCGACUUCGUCGCGAGCGGGAUCACCGGUGCGGCGUCCACGGCGGAGUCGCUGCGCAUGCUGCGCCCCGCCACUUUCGAGGACACGGUGAAGGCGGUGAACUCCCUCGGUGUCCGCUACGGCAAACUGCACGUUGACGAGACCGUUGCGACGCAGCUGGAUCAGUGCAACAGCUGGUGCUGGCAGUUUGUCCGCUGCUUCCAGACGCUGGUGAACAGCUGCGAGUCAGAGUGCGGCUUUAUCGGCAACUUCUUCUGCGUCGCCGGCGAUGUGGAGGGCGGCGAGGACUACGAGAACGCGGAGCGCAUCGCCCGCGCCGUUCUCGGCCGCGCCGUCGGCAACGUCGAAGCGUCCAUCAUCGAUGACCUCCCACUGGUCAUGGCGCGAGCGGAGGUGCUUGCGGGGCUGCGGGUGCUGGAGAGCGUGAAGCAGCACCUCUGCACCUCGUUGGAUCCCAUUCCCUUGUUGCUGCUCAGCGGUGUGCUGGAGAUGUCGAAGGCCGCCCUGCGCAACUCCCUCCGCACCGCCUUCAAGAACGACAACCUCGCCUUGGCUUUCCUGCCCGCGGUGAAGCUGUCGCCUUUUUACCGCGCCCCAGCGGGUGGGGCGGCGUGGGCGGAAAUUCUGGGCAACAAGGCCUACUGCGCCACCCUCGGCCCGCACCCCCUCGUCUACCGCGUCUGCGGCGUACUGAGCCAGCUGGAGUACUUGAACACCGCUGCAGUGAAGUCGGCUGCGUUCGCCGGUGACACGCAGCGCUCCUUCGACCCGGCUGUAGCGACGUUUGUGAAGGACGCCCUCGCCUAUAUGAUGUCCUUUAUCCAGCAGCUGAAGCAGCGCCACCCAAACGCGUUGGCGCAGCAGGUGUUCGCCUGUGUGAACGUGUACACGGUGCUGGCGACGUGGUGCGAGUUGACGUCGGUGGGCGCGGCCACCAUGGGGGCGGACUCUCCCUCCGUGUCUCGACCCGGCUCGCUGUCAGGGUCGGCCAUGAACCGCAAGUCGCAAGGUGAACCGGCGAGCACCACGUCAGCCGCCGGGUCGAACCCUGGAAGCGCUCGCGCAUCCGCGACGAGAGACGGCGCAGCAGCCUUCACACCGACUGCAGCGGCCAGCGCCUCCGGCGGUACGAUCGCACAGCAGCAGCAGACGCAGUACUUGGAGGCACGCCUUAAAGAGGCCGUGCAGGCGUGGGUGGACGCAGACGCACAGGGCACAGGGACGUGGCAGUACCUAACGAAGUUUGUCUCGAAGGCGGUCCGAGUACUUGGGGACGACUUCUUCGACGCAAGCAGCCAAUCCACCUCUUUGGCCGGUCGGCGUGAUGGGGCGGGGCUGCCGGCAUUUCCGGCAGAGCUUGAUGAAAAGACCACCCUGCAAGUCGCUACGCAGCUCAAUGCGCAGUGGCAGAAAGACGCGACCACGAUGGUGGAUAUCGUGCGGAAGGCUGUCCGGCUGUCGCUGGGGCGCACAGGCGGCGGGGCUGUGAACCCUGCCAUCACCGCGGUGCAGCUGCGCCAGUGCCAGGAGCUUUCCACGAUCGUGUUGAGCGAAAUUGUUGGCACCGUGGCGGAGGCGAAUCGCAAGUUUUCGUUGUUUGUGGCGCAAUUCUACAGCGGGAAUCGCGAGUUGCAGUCGAAGCUGCUCAACACCACCACGGUCCUGCAUGAGGUGCACAACAUGCUCGAGGAGAAGAUGUAG